UGAUCGUCUAACAAGUAACGCGCGCCGCGUGUUCUACGUCGUCGUUCGAUAAGGCGUGUGUUCCUCUUUGUUCAGAGUUGCUUUUCUCUCUAUUCGUAAAAAGAAUCAGCUGUUCCGUUCGUGUUCGAAGGUGAUCAGUUCUCUGCUAUUUCAUCUCGAGUUCGAGACAGAGCAGAUUUCCAAGGAGACAAAAUGCCCUUCACGUAUGAUCUAAACCCUGCCAAUACGAACAAUGAUUACCAGCCUUUGAAACGACCCACGGAUAAUGAGUUCUUGCACACAGUGGUUAAACACCUUCGGCACAACACAUACACGUUUGAAGCUCUGCAGGAGUCUGCACAGUAUCUGCUGGACCGAAUCAAGAUCAAACCAAAGAUCGGAGUAAUAUGUGGCUCAGGAAUGGGAUCAUAUGAGCAAAAUGAGUUGUGUCCAGGUUCUCUAGCGGACAUUAUCGAGGACAAACAGUGCUUUCCAUAUGAAGAAAUCCCACAUUUCCCUGCCUCCACUGUGAAGGGUCACCAGGGUCAGAUGGUGUUCGGUUAUCUAAAAGGUGUCCCGAUUAUGUGUAUGCAGGGAAGAUUUCAUUAUUACGAGGGUUAUCCAUUGUGGAAGUGCGUGAUGCCCGUAAGAGUUAUGAAGCUCGUAGGCGUGACCCAUCUGAUCGCGACGAACGCGGCGGGAGGUCUAAAUCCCACGUACAAGGUUGGCGACAUUAUGAUGGUGAAGGAUCACGUGAACAUGAUGGGUUUUGCGGGGAAUAACCCUCUUCAAGGACCAAACGACGACAGAUUCGGACCCAGAUUCCCACCGAUGAGCAAAGCUUACUGUUCGAACCUCUUAAAUAUGGGCCAACAAGUGGCUGAAGAAAUGGGAAUCGGCGAUAUGGUGCACAAAGGUGUGUACAUAUGCCUCGGAGGUCCUAAUUUCGAGACCGUGGCGGAAUUGAAGAUGUUGAGGAUGCUCGGUGUCGAUGCUGUUGGGAUGUCCACGGUUCACGAAGUGAUCACAGCGAGGCACUGCGAUCUAACCGUGUUCGCGUUCAGCCUGAUCACGAAUCAAUGUGUGACGGAUUACGAGAGCCUGGCGGAGGCGAAUCACGAGGAAGUGAUCGACGUGGGGUCAGAGAAGCAACCGUUGCUUCAGGAAUACGUGUCGCGUAUGGUGUUGCGUCUGAGAGACACACUUGGCUUACAAACUGAAUGAUUCACGACCAAGUCGUUCACAUAUACUAAACGCUGGCGAGAACACUGUCCGGAGAUACCGUAUUCUCUAAAGGGGGUAUCAAGAUUCGCGGGGGAACAUCUAUUAGACGAUUAGAAAUUAACCCUUUCAUUAUAAAUUUACUCGCGCUAUACUGUUCGAGCAUUGUUUGGUGCACUUUUAUCUUAAUUCAAUACUAGAUUUUUUAUUUUUUACACAAUUCCAUCUUAAUUUAACGAAUCGAAUUUUGAAAUAACACGGCAAAUCUGCCGCAGCGAAAGGGUUAAUAAGAGAUGGCGAUAUACCCGAACACCGACGCAUUCUCCCCGCGACUUUUAUUCUCGCCAGAGCAUCUACCAGCCUCCGGGCGAGAUUUUCCAGGUGGAAAGAGGGUUCGAAGGCCUGUAUCGAGGCAGCUCGCGACCAUUUGAUACACGAGCGUCGUAUCGGAGUGUCAUGAUCGAAGAGCAAACUAUACCGACUAGUUUGGAAUACCAGUUCCUUCCUCUCGUGUUUCGCUGCGAGUCGAUGAUAAGCAUUGGAUAAGCGAAAUCGAAUUAAAUCAGUAUUCGACAAGUAUUUCUUCCUUUCACCAGCUUAUCAACGAACCGUUCGGGGAAACCUGCGUUUAAUUACUCCCUCUUUUUAACCCCUUCGCGAUCCGAAGCAACUUUUGUACGUUACAGAUGACUAUAGUAAGGGGAAUCGGGGUACAGUGAAAUAUCGUUUUGUAUACUGUCUUUGAAUACUGUUAAUACUGUUAACAU